AUGGCUCGCGACCCCGAUGCAGAAAACCAAACGCCCGUCAGCGAAGAGACGCCGCUGCUGAGCGGCGGGCAGGCGAGCCAGCAGCCGGCGGAUCCGAAUGUCAAUGAAGCAGAGGUCGUCGAUGUCGAAGCCGACCCCGACACGGCCGUGGCCAUCGAAGAGAAAAAGACUGCCUGGCGCCAUCUCUGGACCGUGUCGUGGCUUAUUCUUGCGGCACUGGUUGUCGCCCUGGUAGUAACGGGCUGGACGGCGGGAGGGGACGAUAUUCACUUCGACCUCGGACAGGCGCUAUGGAAGGCACUCGGCGGCGGUCUCAGCGGUGCCGCCGCCAUGGUUCUACAGGUCUUGCUACUGAUGCCGCUUCGAACCAUCAUGAACUACCAGUACCGCUUCGGUGGCGCGUUCUGGGGCGCGAGCCGGACUCUCUACCAGGACGGGGGAUACGGGCGGUAUUACCAAGGCCUCGGUCCUGCGCUUGUCCAGGGUCCCGUCUCCCGGUUCGGCGACGCAGCAGCCAACGUGGGAAUACUAGCCCUGCUCGCCACCAACCGGCACUUGAGCAAGCUGCCUCUAGCCCUCCAGACCGUCUUUGUUUCUCUCUCCGUCGCUGGGUUCCGCAUCCUCCUCACGCCGAUUGAUACCCUGAAAACCACCCUCCAAGCGCAAGGUGCGCGCGGGACGGCGCUCCUCCGCCAGCGCAUCAAGGAGCACGGGCUGGGAAGCCUGUACUGGGGUGCACUGGCCACUGCCGCUGCCACCUUUGUUGGAAACUAUCCGUGGUGGGCAACUUACAACGUCCUCAACGAUGCGUGGCCCGAGCCGCCGAAGCACCCUCUGAUCGUCUGGCUGAUCCGCUACGCCGUCAUUGGAUUCGUCGCGUCCGCCAUCUCCGACUCCGUCUCCAACUCCCUUAGGGUCGUAAAGACGUACCGGCAGGUCAACGACACAAAGAUCUCGUACUCCGAAGCAGCAACGGUAAUCGUCCGCAGCGAGGGCAUCUCUGGACUCCUUGGCCGAGGCCUGCAGACCCGGAUCCUGUGCAACGGGCUGCAGAGCCUCCUGUUUACGAUACUGUGGAGGGUCUUUCUCGAUCUCUGGAACAGCAAAACUCAGCAAAGUUGA